AUGACUGCAUUUUGUAGAGGACUUGCAGAGAUUAAUUUUCCACUGUGGUUCUGCGCGGUGACGGGACAGUGGACAGGCAAAGAUUCAGUUGGAAGCUGCUUAUCUGAAGCAUUACAGUUAGCAGUUGUUUUUAGAAGUCAGCAGCAUUUUGCUGAGACGGGUAUAGACGUGGUCAAAUUUGAAAGAAUUUCACUUUUAAGUAAACUGUCGUUGUUCACGGCACUAUCUCCUAUGGUGUUUCUAGCAGUGAAUAUGAGGUUUAACUUUUCUAAGUCAGCAGCAGUAGGGGCAUUUAGUAUCGUAGGUACAAUUUGGCGAGAAGUUGGUGUGGCACGGAUGGCCGAGUGGUCUAAGGCGCCAGACUCAAGCGUAAUGCUUCGUGCGAGUUCAGCACACUCCUGGGUGUUCUGGUAUCGGUAUCGAUGCGUGGUAACCAACGAAACAGUUCCGAAUACUUCGUUCGUAUUGUCCGAUAUAACUGCAAGGGCGAACAAGGGAAAUGUAGUCAGCACUAUGGGAACUACGGGAAACGCGGUGUAA